CUUGCAACCUCCCCGGCAUAUGACACCCUCUGUUUUUGUCGGCAAAUUAUAAAUAAAAAUAUCCCUCUCCAGUCCAGUCCUCCCCUCACCGCCUAUAAUUGUCCCUCUGAAUUAUAUUCAACUUCCUCUUGUACUUCCGUUUGAAUCAGUCCGCGAAGAUGAUAAAGAGCAAAAGGCCCAGUAAUGGGUACGGUAAAGUAAAGCACGAGCCUAUUAUUAGCUCGACGGCGAAGGAAGACGAGGCCAACGUAGAGUGGGAGAUGAGACCAGGCGGGAUGUUGGUCCAGAAGCGGACGGAGAAGAACGAAGCUCCGGCACCCAAUUUACGGGUUCGCAUUGCUUACGGUGCCCUCCGCUACGAGAUCUCCGUCAACUCUCAGGCCACUUUUGGGGACCUGAAGAAGCUGGUGACGGCGGAGACGGGGCUAGAGCCAGGGGAGCAGCGGGUUGCGUUCAGAGGGAAGGAGAGGCAAAACGGUGAGUAUCUAGACAUUUGCGGCGUCAGAGACCGGUCGAAAGUGGUGGUGACGGAGGACCCGGCCAGCAUCGAGCGCCGGUACAUCCAGAUGCGCAAAUCCGCCGCCGUCCACAAAUCGCUCCGCGCCAUCUCCGGCAUUUCAAUGGAGAUCGACAAGCUCGCUGACCAAGUCGGCGCGAUGGAGAUAUCGAUAUCGAGCGGGAGCAGAGUGCCGGAAGUUCAGAUCACGACGCUGAUUGAGGUGCUGAUGAGGCAGGCGGUUAAGCUGGACGCCAUGGCUGCAGAAGGGGAGGCUUCUUCCCAGAAAAUCAUUCAGAGCAAGCGAGUGCAGAAAUGCGUGGAGGCGCUGGACAUGGUGAAGAUGUCGAAUGGGAAGGUGGAGAAGCCGCCGGCGCUGGCGCCGGUGGUUGUAGCAAAGACCAAAUGGGAGAUUUUCGAUCCUCCUGAUUUGAACCCUCCUCCGCCGGCUGCAUCAUCUUGGGAAUUAUUCGAUUGAUCAUAUAUGAUAUAAAUCUCUACCUCCCUGGUCAUUUGUAAUCUAAUCAUGGGCCUGGAUCAGCCUGAAUUGCAUUUGGAUUGAGUUAUAUGUAUUAAUCCAUGCAUAUGAAUUCAGCAAUUAACUUCAAAUGUGUAUGAAUUGAUAGUUUCAUUAGUCACGAGCCAAUUCACUUGCCUUUGAAGUUCAAUCCAAUGGACUGGUAGGUUAAUGUGUAAUGGAUUUUUGUGGAAGAACAAUUUAGUAAUAUAUUCCACAUUUUCAGUAUGUUGAUUUAGGACCUAAAGUUUUUUUUAGUAUGAUGAUUAAAUAUAUGAACUAUUAAC